AUGGAGUAUUUUUUUUCUGAUGAAAAGCUUGAAGAAAUUGUAAGAAAUACAAAUACUGAAAUUGGUAAACAAAGAGAAAAAUAUAAACGAGACAGACCUGUACAGAAUACGGAAGACGAAAACGCGGACGCAUCAAGUUCCACAAAAAUACGUCCUUCUUUUGCUAAGGAUGCAAGUGUUGGAAAUGAAGGGUUUAUUUGGACUUUACUACUUAGCAGGGGUACUCAACAUGAAUCACGUCACCACCAAGGAAUUGUUUGA